AUGGAAGCAUCGAUACACGAGUCUUCGAAGCGACGUGCAUCCUCUGUCCGCGAUGCUCCCCCUGCAAAACGAAAUCGACGCCGUCUUACAGUGUACGUGAGCCGUAGGUCAUUCCAGGACAACAAUACCAACACCUUCCACGAGCAGGAGAAUACUGUGGUAGCCAAGUGCUCAGCUCGAAGCUUAUUUGAUCAGUCGUACGAUAACGAUGACUCGGCAGACGGCCCCUCGGUGUCAGCGAGCGAAGCUCGUUCCAGAACCAAUUCCACUCGCUCAGCCGAAUCUAGUAUUGCCGACGAAGCCGAGCCCGUCCCAGGUCUUCGAGCCUCGAAGUCAACCGCUGGAGAGCAGCCGCCAGUCGGAGAAGACAGUACCCGCGCCGUGUCUACGGACGAAGUUCUCGCAGAUACGGGCCCAACCGAGGGGACUGCUGUGACAACUCAACGAGAGUCGAUUGCAGAGGCAGCGAGAAGCUAUGAUCCGGUCUUAGCUGUCGCACAUGGGUUAAUCCUCGGCGGCGAGGGAUCGCCAAUCUGGUCUGGUAUGAACAACACAGUUCAGUCUGCACCAGAGGUUGAGUUUACCUACGGCAUUACCAUACGAUACCCAGUGCACCUCAGGAUACCGUGGAUCCCCCGGGGUCACCUUGCUUUCAAAACCCUUUCCGACGUGGAGAAUGAACUCAAGACAGUGCUGGAGGAAGGCUUGACUCGAACGAUAGGCAAACAGGACUUCGCUGACCUGAAGGACUUCCGGAUUGAGUCGUGGCGUUUCGAUAUACGUGGUCAUGGCGCAAUUUUCGAGUUCGAAGUCAAGGGUGGGAUAGAAAAACAUUUCGACCACAUGAAGAGAAAGACAAAGCAGGAGAUGCAACUAGCGAUACAGAUGUCACCGGAGUCGAGACCGGCGUUCAAUAUCGAGAUUCAGAUAGUCACCAGCCGAGAUUCGGGGAUCAGGCAGACGGGCGGCCGCAGCUUUAAUGGGGUGCUCUUCAAGUGUUUAUGGGAGAUGUGCUUCCCUAGAUAG